CCUCAUUCCCUUUGCUAUUCCCUCUGCAUUGUAGACGUUGCUGACCGACACAGGACCGAUGAGCAAAAGUGGAUGGCGGCCAUUACAUCGCGGUAGGUUUCGGGCUCAUGCCGGCCACUGUAAUCCUACCUGGUACAUAGUAUUCUUUAUUCACUUGUUCCAUACCAUUCUGAACUCUUUUGAAGCCCACCGUGGGCCCGAAUGAAGUCCCUGCGUCGGUUCCAUUGGCGCGCUGUCAACCACAGGGCGUGGACUAGUCACCCUUCAGUAGAACCGCAGCGCCGGUCCAGAACACGCGGUGGGGAAGCCAAGCGGGCCCCGCAUGCUUGUAUUUAUACCCCCGGCUAUCUUUCUCAACCAUCUUCUUCACUUCCAUACCAGCCUAUCAUUCUAUCUUUCUUCCACAUCUUGUAGUUUGAGCAUCUCUGCACCAUGUCUGGCCAGCCUACCAUUCGACUCGCGACCCCUGAGGGCAAGUACUUCCUCUUCCAACGGCGCAUGCCACCUGAGCUCGCCGACUACGAGAAGGCCCUCCACGAAGUCGAGGCCACUCAUGAGUCUCUCCUUGCAACACUGUCCUUCCCCGACACUCCGCCCAAACGCGGCUCGGUCUACACCGCACUCAUCAGUCCUCCGGCGACGCCCGAAAACCCCACCCCCAAGCCAGUAGGCAUGGCCCUCUUCUUCUACAACUACUCGACCUGGCGGGCAGCUCCAGGGAUCUACCUCGAGGAUCUCUACGUUCAGCCAAGUGCACGGGGCAACGGUUACGGCUUCAAGUUGCUCAAGUAUUUGGCCGCCAAGGUUUUGGAAAUCAAGGGAAGACGGCUCGAGUGGAGUGUCCUGAAGUGGAAUGAGCCCAGUAUCAAGUUCUAUGAGCAGGUCGGGGCUAAGGCCAUGGACGAGUGGACGAAGAUGAUGAUGGAGGGCCCGGCAUUGAACAAGCUGGCGGAGGGGCUGUGA